GCUAUGCAUCGCCGACGCCAGGGCCGCCCAGGAGAUCGGCUUUGCGAUUUCCUGGCUUGGGCGAGAAGCAGAACGACGAGGAGAACGACGAGGAGAACGACGAGGAGAACGACGAGAAGAACGACGAGAAGAACGAGCCGAAGAACGAGGCGAACGAGAAGGACGAGCGGCCAAAGCCAAGCCAAAGGAAGCCGAAGCCGACGAAAAAGGGCGACAAGACGAAGCAGCCGAAGCCAAACAAGGACAAGAAGCCGAAGCCGACGGACGAGGUGACCUGGUCCAACCUGCACGAGAAGGCCGUGUGCAAGGAUGAGAUGUCCUCCAGUCCGUACGUGGAGGGCGACGAAGUCGUGGUCCGUUUUGAGAGCGGACGACUUUGGCGAGUUCCCCACCUGGUGCCCGACGACAUCAAGAACAAAGGCGAGCAGGCGGCACUGCCGCGACUGGGCGAUGUGAAGCAGGUGCCAACAAAAAAGGCCAAGGCGAAGGCGAAGGAGGCGGGCAAGCCGAGACCCGUGCAGGACUUCCUCCUGGAGUCUGUGCGGGUGAAGUAUGCCAGCCAGGGGGCGAAGCACCCGAUCCUCAAGCUGGAGUGCAAAGAGGACCGCUUCGGUCCUUCGGCGGGCCCAUGGAGGCAGAAAAUGCAGUACGUCUUGAAAGCGGACGCAGCACUGGGAACGGUUGAGGCUUCCCAUGUGUUGCAGACAAUGGCCAUGUGCUACGAGAACAUGAACCUGAACAGUGCCGAGAUCGACUUCAAGCAAUGCCGAGACAGCCUGCUGAAGCACGCCGAGGAAGUGAAACACGACUGGGCGAAGAAGCCCAUGUCUUGGGAGUAUGUCAACGAGCAGAAGCUAGAGGGUUUUCCGCUGGCGAGGCCUUCGCCGCCGGCGACAAACAAGAAGGACGAUGAUGAGGACGAGGACAACGACGACGAGGAGGGCGGCGAAGAGGAGGACGAGAAGGCUAUGGAUCCGACAUUGGAAG